AAAUGUCGAUACUUCCCAAAAUUGUCACAUUCUAAAUUGAGCGCGCGAGACUCAUCGUCCAUAUUUAUUCUGAAAGACGAACUGCACGUCACGUGACGGGCGAGAACCACGUGACUUAUGAGGUUUCAUCCGCUUUUCGGUGGCGAUGGCGUCGGCUGUCUGGACCUUCUUCAAUCGUCUGUGCCGGAAACCGAUUGUUAAGACACCUGCCGAAGCCGACCAAUCAGAGAAAGAGAAUUACUCGUCAGUUAUCUCGAACGUUUUACAUCCUGUAAGAAGGGGUGAGGAGUUAAAACGUAAAUUUCUGUCCGUCGAAUGCGGUUUUGGUUUUUACAGGAGGCAAAAGACCACGCUGUAUUAUACUUCGGAUUACCGACAGAGUCGUACCGUGCUGUACACUACCCUAUGGUCGAUAUGCGACAACAGCAUCACUAGAUACAUGAGAACGUUGGAUAUACAUCGCAAUGUGGGGAAAGUGAACGAUGAAUGCGGGUUGAAACGUAAAAUCGGGGAGAAGAGUAGACAGGAAGUAAACAGAUUUCAAUCUGUCGAUAAUGGAAGGGGUGCAAACCGAAUGAGAAUGGAGGCACGUCUCUAUUAUGGGAUUUCACACGAUGUUUCUACUCUAGCAGAACAAUACCUCGGUAGUAUUUAUCAACCGUUUCGUUCUGUUAGAAAGCAGCUAGUGAAGCAGUGUAGGGACAUGCUGCUGGUACACUACAAUGGUAACCACAAGAGAUUUAUGGAAAGUUUCUUAAGACCAGCAUCCGAACUGCUGAUUAAAUUUAAAAAUAAGGUAAGUUGGCCACUGUGCCACGCAAAACGAGUGGUGGUGCAACUAGGGGAGCUCGAUGAUCACGUGCUGAAACCCGGAGACUUUUAUCUGUGCGUGCACCGGGUUGGGCGCUCGAUCCUACUCAGCGCUCAGUACAAGACGGAGACGCACGUGGGCAGAAUUGGCAUCCAUGCACCCCUGUUUCCCAUGGAGUGGCUUUCAGACCAACAGUUGACGUCCGUCCUGCGCUGUCUUCUGGUCUCUGCGGAGAAGGGCGUCGAACGUCUGAAGUGGCAUCCGGCCGAAACGCCUUGGCAUCGUAUACGAGCCACUAUGGUAGAAGCUCAGGUUCGUGAAUGCGGGGAGGAGAAGCAAAGGAUACUUGCACCCCUAGCCAGGCCGGAAGAGUUCAACCUAGAAGCGGAUGUGGGUGACUCGGACAACAUCUGGAACAAAAUUGCCAGCGCCGAAAGUGCAGACGACGGAUUCUGUGACAAUAACGAUUGCUCAUCACCCUCGCUUAGCGACCUGGAUCAAGAGUUAUUGCAUUCUCGCCUCGUGCUGCUACCAGGUUGCCGCGACACUUCGGGGAGAAGUGUUGUAGUUAUCUUCAUCUCCAAGUUGAAAGGCACCUCACCCCGUCGCCUGGCUCAACUUCUCAUGUACUUCUAUGGCAUACCCAAGAGGGACGACGUAUCUGAUGGAUUCUUGGUGUUAGUUGACGGUAGAGAAGCGACUGAAGCUCACUGGCCUCUGUUAGACGAGGCAUUCUCCAUUUUGGAGAGUAACGUAAGUCACGUAAGUCGCUCCGUGUACAGAGUCUUGCUGUGGAAGUGCCAUUUUCAAGAGCCCUUCCCUACAAGUGGGGUGAAGUUCGAGUCAGUAUGGAAGGAAGAUAAGUUGGAGAUAUAUGUCAAGAAGGACCAGCUCCUUCAAGAAUUUGGGGGUUCCUACGUUUACGAUCACUUAGAAUGGAUUGGAUUUUUUAAGUUCUUCGAACCCUUCCUCAACGGAUGCCGCUUCUCGGGCCAUUAUCUUGUGACUAUGCUGCAAGAGUUGGGAGUUAAUCUGUCUUCGGGAUUGUCAGGAAAUCUUGUCGACCAACACAGAAAUCGCAUCAAUCAAACUUUUCAAGACGAGCAACUACGCCACUUAGAGGAUGAGGGGGAGACCAUUUUGGCAGAGCUCAAAUCCUAUGGGAUUAGUUCACCCAAUAAUGUCGACUACAGGGAUAAUUUGGAAAAGUGCUCAUCUUUGUAUCAAGAAAUAAAGAAAACCAUGAGGAAAUUUUCUAAAUUGGCAGAUCGCAGACUGAAGAAGUUGGAAGAAUUCAUCCGUUACAGAAGCUUUCACGAGGAAUCUAGUCAAGUAUUAUCGUGGCUUUGCAAGAAGGGGGAAGAAUCACUCAACCAAUACCAAAAACUCUCCGAUUCACUUUCAGCCAUAAGGAAUCGAGAAGAGGAGUUCGAAGAGUUCUAUUUCUUUGCCAUGCGUCAGAUACGAAGGGGUAACGACCUGCUAAAAGAGGCGACAGUGAUGGCCAAAGGGACACCCACAUCGAGCUUGAAAGAUGAUGGAGGCGAUAUUGAAGAAGUGGCAAUGUCGCUCAGACAACACCUGGACAACUUUAACGAGAGGUUAGAAGACACAAGAGAGAGGUUCGAAGAAACUGCAAAAUGUUACCACCUAUUAGAUAAGUGUUACGAAUGGGCACUCGAAACCAUGAAGUACGUGUCUGUUAUGAAAAUGGACACGCUAUCCACACCGGAUUAUCUGGAGAAGUUGGUGAAGAAUUUGGAAGAUUAUGUAAAUAAUCAUCCACCCGUUAAUGAUGAGGUGUUCGAAGAAAUGAGUGCCAUCGCCAAGAAUCUUCACAACGAACGUUUAUUGGAACAAUGCAAGACAGCACGGUCGAGAUGUCAAGUGACGACAGAACUGGUGAAAACACGACGAGAGAUGUUACUAAAAGCUAAACACCAGCUUGAAAGCGAGAUGAAAGGGAAGGAAACACCGAAGUACAGACACAAAUCUUGUACACAGAAUCCUUGGGGUACGCAAUCGAAUGUCACGUGUUUGCAAUCCCUAUCCAGUUCUCAGCUGUAUCAAAGACAUUCCAUAGCUACAGGCUCGCCAUUUGGACUGUAUUUAUCAUACACUAACGGGAUGUAUCCCAGACUCAACCAGGAUGUAGAGUUGAACUGGUACCUGCAACAGAAAGAAGAGCAGUUUCUUAAUCAAGGGCUCAUCACAGAAGACCUGACGACACAGGGUCCGGUUGCUUCUAUACCAACUUCCGUUCUAGAGGCAAGAGUGGGGCAACACAGCACGACACCUACAAGCAUUAAAUGCAGGCAGUUGGAAGAUAAAAUCAACAAUAAUAGCAUUCAAGAACAAGAGAAGAAGCACAACCCCUCGCAAGUAUGGCAGUUCUGUGAAGAGGAACUCGAAAAAGUCACCGAAGAGGUGAGAGUGCAGAACAAAAGACUUCAGAAAGAUAAAAACCAAGAGGAAGCAAUCGAUAACAGGUACAGCCCGGAAAAUAGAAAAGUAAUCAAUUAUCCGGAACAGCGUCACUCCAGUCCGGUUUUCAGUCCCGUACCUGUAAAUAGUCACCUGACACGACCUUCCAGUUUAGACCUUUCUGAAAUAUCCAGUGCAGAAGACAAGGGGAAAUCGAAAAAAACUCUGAUGCUGAUUAUGAGGGAGAUGAUACAGACGGAGAGAGACUACGUUAAAUCUUUAGAAUACAUCAUCGAGAAUUAUGUUCCGGAACUUCUGCGAGAAGAUAUUCCUCAAGCUCUUAGAGGUCAAAGGAACGGUAUAUUUGGCAACAUAGAGAAAAUCUAUGAAUUUCACAGACAAUACUUCCUCCAGGAAAUAGAGACUUGUGAAAGCCAUCCAUUUACUGUUGGACAAUGCUUCUUAAAAUAUGAAUCGCAAUUUUAUUUAUAUGCUCUUUACAAUAAAAACAAACCAAAGUCAGAUGGACUGAUGAUGGAAUACGGCACAACAUUUUUCAGGGAAAAGCAACUUGAACUUAGCGACAAAAUGGAUUUAGCCAGUUAUCUGUUGAAACCCGUACAAAGAAUGGGAAAAUAUGCUCUUCUUCUUAAGCAGUUGUUGAAAGAAUGCCCGGAAAGAGAUUCCGAUCACCAUGAUCUUAAGGCUGCGGAAGAAAUGGUUCGUUUUCAAUUAAGACACGGAAAUGACCUACUCGCCAUGGAUGCGUUGAGAGAAUGCGACGUUAAUGUGAAAGAACAAGGAAGACUUCUACGACAGGAAGAAUUUUUAGUAUGGCAGGGUAGAUCGAAAAAGUCCUUCCGUCAUCUUUUUUUAUUCGAAGACUUAAUUUUAUUCAGUAAAGCCAGGAGAGAUCCCGAAAGAAAGGGAUUCGAUGUCUACCAGUAUAAACAUAGCAUUAAGACAACUGACAUAGGUCUAACGGAACAAAUCGGAGAGAGCCCUACGAAAUUUGAAAUUUGGUUCAGGAAGAGGAAAUUGCAAGAUACUUAUGUCUUACAGGCUCCAAACGCAGAAAUCAAACAUCUUUGGGUGCAAGAGAUAUCUAAAUUGUUAUGGAAGCAGGCGCUUAGAAAUCGAGAGAUGCGCCUAGCCGAAAUGUCAUCUAUGGGCAUUGGAAGAAAACCAUGUUUAGAUAUUAGACCAAAUGAAGAUCAGAUAAAUGAUAGAUUUGUUAAUCUUCAUCAUCAGUUAAAUAGGGGUUCGUAUUAUCGAGGCAGUACUGGAAUGUCAUCGUUUGAACAAAUGCGCAACAAACGUCCACAUUCUAUAAUAUCUAUUAGUUCUUCUUCGUCUUCGGGAAGUAGUCAUUCCUCUUUUAGUUUAUGUACUAAUGUCAAUCUAGGAGUCGAGUCCAGUGACAGUCCCCACAGGGGAUGUAGAUCCGUGACGCAACAAUCGCAAUGUUCGACGGAGAGCGGCUUUUGCACGGAUACCAGCAUCGUGGGGGACGGAGUGACCGAUUUAGAUCAAUCCAGUAUGCUGUCUAAACCUGAACGUAGUGAUAGUUUAUUAUCUCAAGACUUACCGUCAUCUAAUUUCCUCUCUCUUAAUGAAGAACCCGAUGAGGAGUCAGUGUCAACACCAAUGUGACUUAAACCACUAACAACUCAUAAAUGUAUCCACUUCAUAGUAUAAGUCUACCUCAUCUGCGGAGAAGUGCCUCCAGUUCUGAUUUAAACUUCCAAGUUAAAGAACGGAAGAGAAAAUUGCAGACCGCACGCCAAAGGAACGAAACGUCGCUCCUUUAUACGAAGCAAAACACGCAAAGCAUUGCUUUGUUUCCGGAAAGAUAAGAGUAAAAGCACAAUAUUUGUGCUAGUUUUAUGUACUUUUAAAUGAUAAAACUAUGUUUUUCAUUUAAAUUUUUUUGUGUGUACCAUAACUAUAUUUAAUUUUUACACCAAACUUACAUAACAUAUCUUUAAUACUUUGUUACAAUUAAAAUCAAAUUUUGUUGUUUGUUGUAAUAAUAAUAAUUAUUAUUUUUUAAUAAUAUAUUGCUUUCAGAAGUUAUUAUAUGUUCCAUAACAGUAAUAAUAAUAAUUAAUAUAUACAUAUAUAUAUUAAAAUCAACUAUUAAUUUAGUUAUAACUAUAUUAAGUGAACAGUUAUGUACUUAUAUAAACUUUUCUAUUGAUUUUGUAAACAUAGCAUUCCAUAAUUUGGUGAAGUGCCUGAAAUCCUCUUGUCAUCUGCUCAGUUUUAAGUCAUUUUAUAUCCAUUUUUUAUUAAUAUUAUACAAUUUACAAAAGGAAAAUGUUAAACAAUUGAAGUAUUUAUUGAUUUUUUUUACUCAUUUAUCCGAUUGUUCAGUUUUUUGAGCAAAAAUUGGACAAUACCAAAGCCAGUUACUGAGAAAUUCGGAUUUCGGGUCAUUCGCCAUCCAAAACUCCAUCCAUUAUCAAUUGCUAGAAUUAAAUUAUGUCAUUCAAAUAGAUAAAUGAGGCAUAAUAAUGCUAUAUUUAAAAUUAUCCAACCAUUACAAUGUCUCAAACUAUGUUAAUUAAACCAAAAACUAGCCAGAUAAUCAAAAUUUACUUCUACCAAUCCACAUUAGAAUUGAAAAUGGUAAUCUCUACAGUCUCUUGAUAUAUCCAGAACAGUAUUUAUCAUCCUUUAAGCAAUAACAGAUCAUCUCACUCAAUAGAACCAUUGUUAAAAACCAGAAAUUUACCUUAAAUUCCUAGUCUUUAAGAUCGACAGUCAUCCACUUGUUAUUUAUCAAACGACAAAUCAUUUUGCGUAGAAUUGUAAUGUGAUAUUGAAGUCCACAUCAAUUGCCUAAGUAGCUCGCCUUCUUUAAAGUAAUAUUUAUGAAA